AGAAGUAAACAGAAGGGAAAUUCUUGCGCAAUAGAUUUCGAGAGCCAGUAUAGUGUUGACAAAAAUAUUCAGGAAGAAACGCUUGGGAAUAAAAUGCAGAUAUGGAUGUCAAGGAAUUAUUUCUUGCAUGCAGAAGAGGCGACCUCACGAAGGUGGAGUACUUGCUUGAGCAGAACCAAGUUGAAUUAAACCUGACCGAUAGGUGGGACAGUUCUCCUCUAUACUAUGCCUGUUUGUGUGGACAUGAAGAACUUGUCCAGUAUUUAUUGGAGAAUGGUGCUCGAUGUGAAGCUAACACCUUCGAUGGAGAGCGUUGCCUUUAUGGAGCUCUGAAUGACAGAAUUAGAAACCUCCUCAAGCGAUACAAUGUCAUCUCCUCUAAACAGAUGCGAAGGGACUUGUAUGAGGAGUUUCUCCGCAGACUACUAGAAGAUGGUAUUUAUAGCGAUGUGACGUUCCUUGUUCAUAAUGAGACGUUUCCAGUCCACCGAUGUAUACUGGCAGCUAGGUGCAACUAUUUUGCUGAAAUGUUCCGAACGAAGUGGCUGGGUCGGCGCGUGAUCACCAUUAAACACGCACUGGUUGUACCAGAUGCUUUCAAAUCAAUCCUUCAGUAUCUAUAUACAGCGAGCCUGGAUACUCACAUUGACAAUAUAGAAGACUGUAUGAGGUUAGCCAAACAGUGUCGCUUGCAGGAUCUAAUGGACAAGAUUGCUGCACGCUACAAAAGAUUCCGGUCCUUUGAGAUGUCCAAGCCUGGAGUUACUAUAACAACGCUCACCAUCGAACCAAGCAUACAACAUAGUAUCGAGCUACAGGAAGACCUGGGCAAGCUUGGAGACCUAGCACUGCCAGACGAACUCUGUAGUGACGUUUUCCAGGCGUUAGGGAGUCUGCCGUUUACCGAAACAUAUUUACCGAUAUACCCAGACAUCUGCUUUAUGGUGGAGGAGCAUAAGUUUCUAUGUCACAAGGUGUUUUUCUGUGGAAGGAGUGACUUUUUCAAGGCCUUGCUCAUUGACCACUUUGGAGAGUCAUGUGUAUCCGAGGACAACCUGCCCAUGGUUACCAUCAACGAAAUUAGUGCAGAAAACUUCAGACAGUUGAUGUAUUACCUCUACCAGGACAGGUGUGAGUUGACCAAGGACACAGUGUUUGAGAUGCUGAGAAUUGCUGACCAGUACUUACUGCCGGGCCUGAAGAGACUGUGUGCUAACAACAUCAGCAAAUACAUUAACAUUGAUACAGUCUUACAGAUACUGGCCUUAGCCAGACUCUUCAACCUGUGCAGACUCGCAGAUCAGUGCUCGGAGUUUAUAGCCAACAAUUUAUCCGAGGUCAUACAAAUGGAUGAUUUCGCUGAAUUGGUGAGACAGGAUGCUGCCAAUCUUGAGCGUCGUGAGGAUACGGACACCGUGGAAAUCAUUGACGAUAUUCGUUUUAACAUCACGAACUUUAUACAGACGUUCAGCGACAUGAUGGAAGCUCAAGAGAAACUACGUAUGAUCGAUGACUUUUUGGAAAACAUGAAUAUAGAUGCUUAGGAAACUUUUGGAGAAGUUUCUCGGCAGUCUGUUUUUUCUGUUUACCAUUUGUUCUUUCUGGUGAAACAAGCUUUCUUCACUUUCUUUUUAACACACUAGAUGUGUCAUCACGUGGAUUUCGGGCUAUUGUUUUUUUAUCAUUUCCAAUGAAUGCCUCUAAAUUUAAAAGUUUUAUAGAUUUUUAUUUCUUUAAUUCGUAUUAUUGACAUACCAUAUUUAUAUAGGGAUUGAAUGGAUUUUUUUCAUUUACAUGGAGGCUGUGAAUAGUAGUAAUUAUCUACAUACCCCCUGGUGCACACCUCAGAAGAUAUGAAGAUAGUUACUGCUUUUCAUAGCUGCCAUGAAAAUGAAAAAAAAAAAAAAAAAAAUUAAAUUAAUAUAUUACCUUAGGGUGAUUUGAAAAUAAAACAAACAUAAAGAACUGAGUCGUUUUUAAAUUUCUAACUUUCGAUGGCUAUAAAUGAAAAGUUGCUGAAUUGAUGGAACAGCGGGUGAUCCCAUCAAUGCACUAUCGAUUACAGUACAUGUGCUUCCGCUCCGCAAAUUCCUGUCGAUUUUUUAGUGUUUUGUAUUGCUAUUAUUUAAAACAAAAAGACAUCAAAUACAUUGAUUUGUGUUAAAUUAUAAUUAUUUUAUGUGAAUAGAUGGCAAAGAAAACACAAUUUACAGAAAUGAAACAGGGACUUUUUUUCAGGUGUAUUAAUAUUUAACUGUUGUAAUGUGUGGAAAAUCAGUAUGUGAAAUGAUGUUUUCAUACUGUGGUGUUUUCAUGGUAAAAUGUUUGUUGUUUUCACUUGGUAUGUUCAUAUGAAGAAUCAACACUCUUAAAUAAAACAGUAUAUGUAACAACCUUAUGACAUAGACAAUGAUUAAAUUGUUUAAUUAUACAAUGUCAUGUAUAAUCUUCCAUGAUGGAAAAGAUUAUUAAUAAAAUUGUAUUUAAUGGAAUUAAAUACUCCUAAAUAUUGAUAGAGAGAUUUAAAAUAAAUACACUGUAGUUAGAUUGAGGAUGUAUUUGUACUAGAGAGAUAUAAAUAUCUACAUGGGUAGUUUUCAUCGAUACUCCAGGAAUAACCUUCGCUCGCCUUGUCAUAACUUAAUCCAGAGGUGCAAAAGUCCUUGAUUAUUGAGGGUUGGGUGAAGUUUAACUUAAAAAUGUCUAAACCAUUGAAUAGUGUGUUGAAAGUUCAUCCAGAGUUUGUGGGUUCCAUUGUUCAAAUCCAUGAGUGGUUGGCAGUUGUUUUCUGUAUGAUAAUAAAUAUAAUAUACUGCCAGUUUGAAUUUGUACUUGCUUUAAUUAUAUAUGAUUCAUCAUCAAAUUAAUACUCAAACAGUGCAAUUUAACAUCCUCUUACUUCUCGGUAUCAUUUUCCAAUAUCUAUUUGUCAUUUUUUAGAGAUUAAUCAGUUUUGAAUUCUGAUAGAAAUACAAAUCUAAACAGCAAUGUCUAACUAUGAUUAUUGGUUGGGAAAAAAAAUGGUAAAAAUCGUUAGAAACUUUGGAAGAAAAUUUGGAAACAGUUCCUUGUGAAGUAAUUGUGAGUCAUGCAUGUACACAUAGAAAUAAACAAGAUUUUAUUAACACAAACUGCUCUUCAUCAAUGAGGGUGUUUAAUUUCAUGGCAUGCCAUAGAUCACCUCUCAAAAUCACUUGCGACAUUGUUACAUAUAAACUUGUUAAUUUUUGUCCAUCUACGGUACAUAUUUUUCAAUGUUCAUCUAGGUUUAAAUGGGCAUUGGAAUUAUACAUAAGAUAUUACUAAUACAAAAUGUAUACUUUCAUAUGUAUCACCACUUUUUUGCUUGAUUUAUUGUUUUGAGUUAUGGGAUGUUUAAAAGAAAAAAAAAAAAAAAAAGUCUGUAUUAACAUUUUUUUUCUGUUUGAGUGAAACUACAUAUAUUUGUAGUAUUUUGAUAUUUGUUCCACUAAUACCCAGUAAUAUAGUUAAUGGAUCAAUUGAUACCGUACAGAAAACAGACCCAAAGGACCUGGUCAGCCAGGCCUGUAUUCAGAGGUACCGGUUAUACAUGUACAUGUAUGUGUUAGUGCUUAAAUAAUAUAAUAGUGCUCAGUCGUCAGACUUCAAUAUCAUUAUUCACACAUCACAUAAAUAAAUAAACUUAUGAGAUGAUAGAAGUACAAAAUACCAAAUGUUAUUAAAAAUAAUUUAUCUUAUUGGUAACUUCUUCAGUCAAUCCAAGAUAAUGUAGUCCGUGUUUUUAAAACACAUAUCCAUACAUGAGUUAUUGUUACAAACUAAUAUAUGGUCAAGCCAUAAAUCAUGAAGAUUUUGAAAAAUCAGCCAUGUCAAAGAUAAUUUAUUCUUAUUUGUUAAUAUAUACCCAGUAUAUAUGUAGAUGUGUGUGUGCUAUUAAUAGUUAUUUAUAAUAUAUGUUAUGUUGUCAUUAUUCAACAUUUAGACAGCUGUGUGCCAUAUAUGACUCUGAUUGAAAGGUCAAGGUUGAAGUUUAGAGGUCAAAUGUUGUAUCUGGUACGUAGCUAGUAGUACUAUGAUGGUACUAACUAUUACUCAAUGUACUGUUACAUUUUAAGGCAUAAAAACAUUCAGUACAAAGUACAAUUGUAUCCAUGUUGAAUUAAAAUCUUAUAUUAAAUUUCAUUAUAAUCGUUUACAUUGAAAA